AUGCGUUUGCUCAUGGUAAUUGCAAUUUUAAUAUUCGCAAUGCCAAUGACUGGAUUCGGCUGGGCCGAGGGCACCAACAUCCUUCUCGAUCCAAAUCUAAUGUGCAAAAAGACACGUCGUCUGCGCGGCAAGUUGGCCGAAAUCUGCCGCCACGAUUCGGCCCUGCUCAAAGAGAUCAUCAUCAAUGGCAUCAACCUGGGCUUCCGCGAAUGCGAGUUUCAGUUCCGCAACCGGCGGUGGAACUGCACCGUUCUGCGCAAGAGCAUGAGGAAAAUCUUAAUGCGCGAUUCCCGAGAGACGGGCUUCGUGAACGCGAUCACAGCCGCCGGAGUGACCUACGCCGUGACGAAGGCCUGCACGAUGGGCCAGCUGGUGGAGUGCUCCUGCGACAAGGCGCACAUGCGCAGGAACGGCGGCCAGCCCCAGAUGGUGACGGCGGCAACCGCAGAGGCGGCACUGGAGCGGCAGCAGCAGGCGGCGAUGCUGCGGCAGCAGGCAACAGGUUCCCCGCAGGAUGCACAUCCCAGCCAGCGGAUGGGCCACAUGAGCAACGCCAGCACCAUGACCGACAUGGCUGCGUUGGAGCAUCGAGGUGGGCGGAAUCGCAGGCCCGGCGGCAGGCGGGGGCGCCGCAAGUUCUGGGACAACAUCAAGUUCCCCGAGGGGCAGUGGGAGUGGGGCGGUUGCAGUGACAAUGUGAACUUUGGCCUGCGGCACUCGCGCGUUUUCCUCGACGCCAAGCAAAGGCAGCGGCGCAGCGAUCUGGGCACGCUAGUGAAGUUCCACAAUAAUAACGCAGGCCGAUUGGCCAUUCGCGAUGCCAUGCGGCUGGAGUGCAAGUGCCACGGGCUGUCCGGCUCCUGCACGGUGAAGACCUGCUGGCUGAAGAUGCCUCCGUUCCGGGAAGUGGCGGGACGACUGCGGGAGCGGUACGACAGCGCCAGGAAGGUGACGCUGCGCAACGACGGGAACAGCUUCAUGCCGGAGAGUCCGCACACGAGGCCGGCGAACAAGUACCAGCUGGUCUUCGCAGACGACUCUCCCGACUUUUGCACGCCCAACUCCAAGACGGGAGCGCUGGGAACCCAGGGCAGGGAGUGCAAUGUGACCAGUGCCGGGACAGAUCGGUGCGAUCGCUUGUGCUGCAAUCGAGGACACACCCGCCGGAUUGUGGAGGAGCAAACCAACUGCAAGUGCGUCUUCAAGUGGUGCUGCGAGGUGACCUGCGAGAAGUGCCUGGAGCACCGGGCGGUGAAUACCUGCCUCUGAGUGCCCGUCAUUGUACUACUUGUAUAUGUAUUACUUUCUUCGGUUUAGUCAGGAAUAGAAUUUUGAAAGCUUUCCAUUUCGCGUGAUAGAAAACACACACUUACAGAGAAAACGUUUUAAGUAUUAACUAACAAGUAAACACGAGUAUCUCUAAUCUUUUAGCUAGUUGUAAAUACGGAAAAAAAUCACAUAAACAUGCCUACGUUAUAUCAUUCAUAUGCAACUCAUGUAAGCCUUGUAAAUAGUCGCAAUAAAAAUGAAGGAAAAACUAA